AUGAUGAGGUUGAGUACUGUGUCUUCAGCAAUCAUCUGCUGCCACGCUGCUGCGACGUUGAAUUCGUCACAUGCUUUAGUGGUUUCCAAAAGUUCCAUCCGAAGGGCUGGCGCCCUGUCGGAGGGGCGAGAGAGUGCGGUCGCCGCCGCGAUGGACCAGAUGGAGCAGGUUGUGGACGGGCCGGUGGUAGAUCUCAGGGGGGGCAAGACGACGGGGUCGAAAAAGGUGGGCAGAGGCCGGGUUGACUCCCCUCUGGUCGUGGGUCGUGAGGGCGUGCAAUAG